AUGGCUGAAGAAUCCACCAUUCCCCAAGCCCAAGUGGCAUCGAUUGUCACGCCCAUCAACCUCAUCCUCUUCUCGCUGUUCCUGAUCAUCKUAUACAUGCGCUUGCGACCAAACAAGAAGGCCAUCACCCUCCUUGCAGCCCCUCCGCCAACUGUCUUCAAAACCUUUACGCCGCCGCAACUGUUGCCCUUCAAUGGCUUGAACAGCAUGCCGGUCUACUUGGCUGUGCGUGGAAAGAUCUUCGAUGUCAGCUCCGGCCGUAACUUCUACGGUCCGGGAGGUCCAUACCAGAACUUUGCCGGGCGAGACGCGUCCCGAGGCCUCGCAUGUGGCAGCUUCGAUGCAGAGAUGCUGACAGAGGACCUUAAUGGCCCUCUGGACAAGCUUGAGGAUCUAGGUGGUGAGGAGAUGGAGGCUCUCGCUGGUUGGGAGGCCCGCUUCAACGAGAAGUACCUCGUUGUGGGAAAACUGGUGCCUGUAGGUCAUCCUGAAGCCGAGCCGGAUGAGAAGGCAUCGUGA